ACAUAUUUUUGAUUAAUUAUUAGUUUGUCUACUAUUGGUUAGUUGCACGCCAAACAGUAAAACACGAAACGAAUUUAACCAAGAGUGUUAGUAGUAUAUCAGAUCAUCAAAACCCCAUAUUAUAGAAAAAACACAAAAAAUUGAAGUAGAAACCAGAAAUAAAAUGAGAAGUCCUAUCACCUGUUCUUCACCACUCAUUGAUUGAUAACAUAAAAAUAAAAAUAGUGAGUAAAGUUUUCACAAGGCAGGAAGAGUGCGCAACCCUGAGCUGAACGUCUCAUUCACCCCAUUAAUAAUAGCUUUCAGAAGUCCUUUUCCCCUUUCUCUCUCCUAAAUUCCUCUUCCCUCUCCUUUUUAUUUUUUAUUUUUUCAGUCACAAGAAAGAUAAAAACUCAAGCUGUUAAUGGAGUCUGAAUAUGUUAAUUGAUUUCCUUCUUUAGCCUUCUCUUUUUCAACCAAAACCGUCCAAAUAAAGAUAUUCCAAUACCCUGUUUGUCUUCUUCAAAUCCACUACUGUAAUAAUUUUUCUUUUAUUUUUUUUAAAGUUUUUAUUUAUUUAUUUUUUGUAUUGUUUACUUUAUGAAAUUUAAAAAUAAGUUGAUAUUUUAAAUGGGUUUCUACUUUUAUAAAUACCCACCUCUAAGGGCAAACUCACUUGUAUUUUGUUUUCUUUCAUUUCUUGUUGUUGCAGAAAUUUAGGGAAGAAAAAAGAGAGAGACAAAACACCCAAAAUUCAGAAACCUUUGCUUUUUUUCAACUUAUUUCCUAAUUUCUUCAUUUUCUCAAUCAGAAAGCUAGGAAGCAUGGAAUUUCCAACCCAAACAAUGGAAGGUUCUCCAUCAAGCCAAAGAAAGAUGGGAAGGGGUAAAAUUGAGAUCAAGAGGAUAGAAAACACAACGAACCGACAAGUUACCUUCUGCAAGAGAAGGAAUGGAUUGCUGAAGAAAGCCUAUGAAUUAUCAGUCUUGUGUGAUGCUGAAGUUGCUCUUAUUGUCUUUUCAAGCCGAGGCCGGCUCUAUGAGUAUGCUAAUCAUAGCUGCAGUGUCAAGGGCACAAUUGAUAGGUACAAGAAAGCAUGCUCUGACCAAUCCGGUGCUGGCUCAGUUGCUGAAGCCAAUGCUCAGUAUUAUCAGCAAGAGGCUGCAAAGCUGCGGAACCAAAUUCGCACUGCAACAGAGAACAACAGGUUGCUUUCCAGGCACAUGAUGGGCGAAGGGCUGAGCAGUUUAAGUAUGAAGGAGCUGAAGAACCUUGAGACUAAAUUGGAGCGCGGUAUUAGCAGAAUUAGGUCCAAAAAGAAUGAGCUUCUAUUUGCUGAGAUCGAGUUCAUGCAGAAAAGGGAGAUUGAACUGCAUAACAACAAUCAGUUUCUUCGUGCAAGGAUUUCUGAAAAUGAGAGAGCUCAGCAAAGCAUGAGCUUGAUGCCGGGAGGCAGUGAUUAUGAUCUUGUCCCGUCUCAGUCAUUUGAUUCGCGGAAUUACUUUCAAGUAAACGCGCUCCAACCUAGUAGUCAGUAUGCCCGCCAAGACCAAACCCCACUCCAGUUAGUGUAAGUAUAAUGGCAGGGAAAUCUAAUAUAUAAGUGGAAGGAGCAGAAUGUGACCUAGUGGAUUGGCUAAUGUAUGAGAUCUAGUCUUUCUACAAGAAAGUUUAGCAUUUGGCAUUUUAUAUUUUAUAUGUAAGGAAGAAACAAAAAGUAUGUAGUACUGUAUGUUUUGUGUGCAGUGUGUUUUGCAUGACAGUAGAUGCAACCUAAACUUUAUAACUUAUUUCUCUCUUCUUUUGUGGUGGAUCAUUUAACCUUUAUUGGCAUGUUACAAUUUCUUCA